UUUGUGCGCAUGCGCCGACUCCAUGUGUAAGAGGCGCAUUUGGAGAAAGGAGGGGGCGGCCGGAUUAGAGAGGAAGGAAAGAAGGAAGGAAGGAAGGAAAGGAGAGAGAAAAAGAAGGAGAAGAAGCUUGCCUUUUUGGGGGAGAGAGAAGAGAAAAGGAUCUUCCCCAAGUGUGGACUUUGGUGGGAGAGCUGGACCUCCGGAGCUGCGCCUCGCCUCCUAAGAAGUUGACUCUCUCUCUCGGAGUUGGACGCCAGCCUUUUGAGGAAGAGGAGGAGGAGGAGGAAGAAGAGGAGGAGGAGGAGGAGUUGGACUACGUCUCCCUGGAAGAUCGAGACCAUCCUUCUCGAGAACCCAUGAACAUCUGGGACAGAACACCACAAUGACGGAGGAGGCUUGCCGGACCCGGAGCCAGAAGCGAGCCCUCGAGCGGGAGGUCACCCCGAAUGACGUGGACUGUAAGAAGAUGAAGAUGGACAAGGGCCUAAUCGGGGAUGACUCCGGCGAUGAAGGGGACCCUAAUGUGGAUUUGGUGAAAGGAGAGGAGGCCAACGCCGCUGUCAAGGCCGAGGGGCCCACGGGGGACGAGCCGGUGGACAUGAGCACCUCCAAAAGCGAUGCCAAACGGGAGCGGAGGGUCCCCUCGCCGGACGUCAUCGUGCUCUCGGACAACGAGCCCUCCAGCCCCAGGAUGAACGGCUUGACGAAAAGCCCCUUGAAAGAGACCAGCGCGGAGGUGCUCAUGAAGAGCAGCCCCGAGGAACGGGAGCGCAUGAUCAAGCAGCUGAAGGAGGAGCUGCGGUUAGAGGAAGCCAAACUGGUGCUGUUGAAAAAGCUGCGGCAGAGUCAGAUCCAGAAGGAGACAACGGCCCAAAAGCCCAUCGGGUCUUCCGGAAACGCUGCGGCAACGCCGCCACCGCUGGUGCGAGGGACACAGAGCCUCACGUCGGGCAAGUCGGCUCUCCUACAGAAUUCCUCUCGUAUUCCUGGGACAAUUAUCCCUCCUCCGUUGAUCCGCGGCGGGCAGCAGGCCUCUUCCAAGCUGGGUUCUCAGCAAAACACCCAAAUCGUCAUGCCUCCCCUUGUCCGAGGGGCCCAGCCCAUCUCUGUGUCUUCCCAGCAAAUCCACAACAUCCGCCACCACUCCGGCUCGGGGCCGCCGCCGCUGCUCCUGGCCCCCCGGGCUUCAGUGCCCAGCGUCCAGAUCCAGGGCCAGCGCAUCAUCCAGCAGGGCCUCAUCCGUGUCACCAAUGUCCCCAACGCUAGCCUCCUGGUCAACAUCCCCCAGGCCUCAUCGAAUUCGCUGAAAGGGGGCUCAGUGACGUCUUCCCAGGUGAGCACAGCAGCCAGCAUCGCCUCCAGCGUAGCCUCCAUCGUCAACUCCAACGACUCACCGGCCAGCCGACAAGCGGCCGCCAAGCUAGCCCUGCGCAAGCAGCUGGAGAAGACGCUGCUGGAGAUCCCACCUCCCAAGCCCCCGGCCCCCGAGAUGAACUUCCUGCCCAGCGCGGCCAACAACGAAUUCAUUUACCUUGUCGGGUUAGAGGAGGUGGUGCAGAACCUGCUAGAAGCCCAAGGCAAAGUCCUAACGGCACCCUCCUCGCAGGAUCCCUUCACCUGCAUCCAGUGCAAGACAGACUUCACCUGCCGCUGGAGGGAGGAGAAGGGCGGGGCCAUCAUGUGCGAGACCUGCAUGUCUUCCAACCAGAAGAAGGCGCUCAAGGCCGAGCACACCACUCGGCUUAAGGCUGCCUUCGUCAAGGCCCUGCAGCAGGAGCAGGAGAUUGAGCAGCGCAUCCUGCAGCAGGCCACUUCCCCUGUGCCCAGCAAGCCGGACCAGGUCGCCUCCCAGCACCACUCGCUCAAGCAGGCUUCCAGCCAGCUGCCUCGAAGCGCCGGCACUCCCCGCAGCGUCUUGCAUGCGUUUAGCCCGUCGCCCAAGUUGCAGAACGCCGCCUCCAGUGUGGCCGUACUUGGUGGCAGGCAAGGUAAGCGUGCUCAGAGACCCGUCGGCAAAGGAGGCCCUUGCGCUUGGAAGAAGACUCUCGGCAACGCAGGCGGAGCGCUGAAUUUCGUGAGCCCGGGCCUCACAGUGCACAAGACGGCGGCCUCCUCAGCCGUGGACCGCCAACGCGAGUACCUCCUGGACAUGAUCCCCCCGCGGUCCAUCCCGCAGUCAGCCACCUGGAAAUAAUGCUGAAGCAGUUGCCUCGAGGGGGGAAGUCACCUCAAGGGGGAACGUCACCGCCUCAAGGAGGGAAACGGCCUCUCCUAUUUUCCCGCAUUCCCUCCUUUGGUUUUUUUAGUUCCUUCUUUUCAUCGGGUUUUAUUUUUUCCUUCUCUCCGUCACCCGACCCUUGCUCCGUCAAGACCUCGUUGCGCUUUCGAGCCUCGCUUGGAUCUACAAGGCGGGACGGAACGAAAUUAUUUUGUGGAUAUAUAUAUAUAUAUACAUAUUUUUCCCCUCUGCCGUCUCCGUUUUAUUAUAAUUAUUAUUCCUUUGCAUUAUUUUUGUUUCUUUUAGUUGAAAACCUUUUAACGGUCAAGCACUAGUCCAGAACAAAAAAAGACUCUUCCAAAAUCAGAGCCAUUUCCCCUUUCCUGCCUUAAAGCUACUUCUUUUUAGGUUAAUUUCCCCCUUUUCUUUCAAAGGACUUGUUUAUUAUUUUCCCCCAUCAGAAAACCAGAACUAUGUCUCUUUUUUGGGUUUCUUUCUCCGGAUGCUUUUCUGUUCGUUCCCCAAGGAAGGCGCUAUUGCGAAAUAUGCCGAUGGAUGCUUUUGUUUUUCUUGGCGUCCUGCUCUUUCUUUUUUUAUUUUCAAGGAAUAACUUAUAUUAUGGACUGAUGCGAGCGGACUCUCGACUGCCAGAAGAAUGAACGCAUUACAAUUCUUUCUCCCUCUUUUAUUUUUAUUUUCAAAUAAAUAAACAAACUGGAUUGUCUCUUUCGAAAGGGCCGUUUUGCCCCGGAACUCUGGAUAAUGGAUCCGAAUUCUUCCAAGUCUCGGAGAGUGGUUUAUUUUUUCUUAUGCUUCCAAAUGAGAAAGGGAGCCUCGAAAACAAGACAAAAUCAAAACUUUUUUAUUUUUUCUUCCAUGGGGGGAAAAGGAGUUAUUUGGACUUAAGACGUGGCAAUGUGGAAGGAAGAGAGAAGCAGAGCGGAAGGGACCAGAGGAACCAAGGAAGUUUGUGUUCUUUUAAAAAAAAUCAAUAAAACAACAACAUGAGACAAAAAAAA